AUGGGCCCAGGGCCCGGAUGCUGCCUGUCGGGCUCGUUCGGGCUCUCGGUGCAGGAUCUCAACGACCUGCUCUCGGAAGGCAGCGGCUGCUACAGCCUCCCGAGCCAGCCCUGCAACGAGGUCACCCCCAGGAUCUAUGUGGGCAAUGCGUCUGUGGCUCAAGACAUCCCCAGGCUACAGAAACUGGGCAUCACCCACGUCCUGAAUGCAGUUGAGGGCAGGUCCUUCAUGCACGUCAAUACCAAUGCCAACUUCUACAAGGACUCUGGCAUCACAUACCUGGGCAUCAAGGCCAACGACGCACAGGAGUUCCUCAGCGCCUACUUUGAAAAGGCGGCGGACUUCAUCAACCAGACCCUGGCUCAGAACAAUGGCCAAGUGCUAGUCCACUGCCGUGAGGGUUACAGCUGCUCCCCGACUCUCGUCAUGGCACAUCUUAUGAUGAGUCAGAAGAUGGAUGUCAAGUCUGCCCUGAGCACCAUUAGGCAGAACCGUGAGGUCGGCCCCAAGGAUGGUUUCCUGGCCCAGCUCUGCCAGCUCAAUGACAGACUAGUCAAGGAGGGGAAAUUGAAACUCUAG